AUGUCGGCUCAGUUCAUGCAAAUGUUGCAGAACAUGCAAGGGCGGUCAAGCCGUACGGUGGAAGACAUGAUCAAUUCCGAUGACCAGCUCGCUGGCAUGGACGGCAUGGAACUUCGCGGCUGGAGCCACAACAACCCCACGGUGCCCAGUCGUGACCUCAAGGACCCAGUCGGCCAGACCCUCCUCGCUAUCUUCAAUCAAGAAUUCGACGCACUACAAAACUACGUGGAGAUGAUGAUCAAACAGCUCGGGGGCACCGAGGAAGCUCGCGAGACGCUCAGGAAGGAUCUCUUCGCCAAACGAUGGGGCCCCACGAAAACACCCAUCUACAAUGUACUCUUGCCAGCGCUGCACAUGAUGCCAAACAAGAAGCAAGAAUUACUGGGCGUCGUGAAGUAUCUAGCCAAUGAUCUCAAAGUGCCAGUCGAUGGCAAGGACGUCGUGGGCAGCACCGCCCUCUUCUGGGCCAUAUCCACAAAACCCUACGUGCAACUCGAAUUCGCGCAGAUCCUCUUCGACGCUGGCGGUUCCGUCAACACGAAGAACCGCUUCGGUGCUACCCCAGGUUCAGAGAUCGCCCAAGCCGACAUCCACGGCGACACGAGCAAGAACGUGCAGAUGCUCAAGUGGUACGUGGAGCAUGGCGGUGAUGUCGACAGCAAGGACACGGAUGGUAUGAGUAUCAAGACGUUGGUCGAGAUGAUGAACAUGAAGGUGCCGGCUAUGGCUGCGGUUCUCAAGAAAGGAAGGGGACCGAGGAAAGAGGGGGAUUGCACUAACUGCGGGAGGAGCCCGAAGGAUGGCAAGGUCUUCUCGGCUUGUGGCAAGUGUAAAAAGGCGAGGUAUUGUUCGCAGGAGUGUCAGAAGGUGGAUUGGAAGGGGCAUAAGAAGAUUUGUAAGGCGACGUAG